AUGCCAAGAUUGAUCCAAGUUAGUAAAGGUAUUGUGAAAAAUCCAUUGAAUGUGACGAAGAGAAAAGGACGAUCAAAACGUCAUUCGAAGAAGAAUGUUGAUCGACAGUACAAUUCAUUUGAUUUACACGAGCAAUCAAAAAUGUCUUCAAAAUCUAUUCUACGUAAUUCGGUACUCUCAAAAGUUUCUCCUAUUGAAGAAAGCAUUAUCAUUCUUGAACGGCAAAAUAAACGUCGAAGAUUUUGUAAAUAUUCACGACGCUGUUUGCUCAUAUCGGCUGGAGUAUUACUUGGUACAACAGUUGUUUUAGGCCUCAUUGCUACAGGCAUAGCAACCAGUUUAAUGUCAACUAAUACUCCAAGAACGACAGACACAACAACUACAUCAACUGGCACUACAACAACCACGGACACAACUACAACAACAACGAGCACAAGCACUUCUACAACUUCUCAAACAACGACAACCUCGAGUUCAAGUAGCACAACCUCAACCAGUUCCACAACUUCAACUGCUACAACGGUUAUAAUUCCAGUUCCAUGUGUUGCAACUGCAUCUUUCACAGGUCCAUCCACAUUAAAAACGUUAUCAAAUGGAGUUUCGAGCUAUAAGUGUUACAGUUUUAAUUGGACAGCCACAGCAGCGACACACACGAUCACUUUCAGAUUUCGAUUCGAUAGUGACGAUUGGUACAUGGAUGAUGUUUCAAUUUUUGAUAGUUCAGCUAAUCAAUUAAUUGUCAAUGGAGGAUUUGAAGGAGGAACUACUGGUACUGCGAACAGUCGUCCAAUGGCAAACUCGUGGUCUUGGUCUGGAUCAUCAUGUGGUUGUUGUGGUGGCGUCUCAGGUUCAGAUCCAAAAACCGGUUCAAAAUCAUGGUCCGAUGGUUGUAAUGGAGCAACGGAUACUCUAUCACAAUCAUUUUCAACAACUAUUGGAAAUACUUAUUUUAUUAGUUGGUGGUUGGAUGCAAGUGGAACUGGUUCGGCGACAUUUAGCGCUUCGAUAGCUUAA